ACUUAACACAGUGCGGGUGUUUGGCAAUAUUAUAGAUGAUAUCCUACUGGCCAGACCCAUAUCAGAGCUAAAAGGAUCAAAUACAGUUUACAUGUCACUCUGUGCCUGUGCAGUCGUUUAAAAGUAAAGAGACAAAGAAAACAGACAAAGAGUUACCAAUUCAACAAUAUUUACAUGGUGGCUUCUCUCUGAUAGUCUGAUUGGAAUACUAAAAUACAACUGUACUGAUAAUUAUAUCUAACCAAGAAACAAUAUCAGGACAAAUUUAAUACCAUAAAACUGAUAAAAGGACAAAUCUAAAGUUUCUGCAACUGAUGAUCACAUCAGGACAACUAACUUGAAUAACUAACUUCUGAAAUCUAAAAUAUAAUACACAAAAGAAAACAUUCAGCAUGUUGAAAUCAAAGUUACGCAAGUUGGGAGAUGUUCCGAGAUCCAGUUAUAUAACAACAAUAAUGAUUGUCUUGGAUAUUAUCCUGAUGUGUGUCACAAUAUAUAUAAGCGCCAGCAUACUAAAGCCUCCUAAAUCUGAUGACAAUAUAGCCAUUUUGAUCAAACACGAAGAAGCAGUAAAACAAAACGAUGCAAGGUUAUUUGGAACCGAUGAAACUUUACUCAAAAUGAAUACCACAAUGUCCAGUGGCGACACAAAACGGAGAAUUGAUUUAGAACCGCAAAUAGAUUGCUUCAAUUCGAAAACUGCUGCCUGGAUUCUGAUGUUGUUAGUAUUUGUUGCACUACUAAACAUCUGCAUAAUGGCGCCAUCUUUAUUUAGCUGGAACCAGAUGUCCCAACUCCAAGCUGUCAGCAGUCUACUGAACCUGAUCGUAAUGCUAUAUUUGCCUGUUAGUAUAAUCUACAUACAGAGAGCAACAUGCUUGGGCCAGGUAUAUAGAUUACAUCUUCUCAUAACUUGGAUGAUACUGGGAUUAUUUCUAACCAUAUUGAAAGUGACAAUUUUCCGUAGCCAGCUGUUGGCAGUGAAUCACAAAAUUGAAGAUAUAGAUUUUGUUUAAAGAUUUUAUUUGUAUAAAGCUUUGAAUCACACGUUUGAAGUUAUAGAUUUUGUAUAAUUUUCAAGCAUUAUGAGCUCCUAGACUUCAAGCAAGUUGUAUAAAG